CCGCAAGACAACGAACAACAUUUCGCACGCCAUCCCUCCCGCUCUGCACUGCACAGCAUUGCAAUUCUCACACUUACGCGACCGGCUUCGCCUUUGCCGACAUUCAAAAAGGUGCCCUGCUGACGAGGUUGGCUGAUCGCACCACGACUUUACCUUUCAGCUCAGGCGCAACGCACCGCCGCAAUGGAUUUCGAGUUCGCAAACGAAGACGCCAAUGCGCCUGGAGAGGCCUCGGAUGAGCUCAUACGCGCCGAAAAUGCAGCCAUCGAGAAGGACGCCAAGCAAAACGCGCAGAGUCAAGACCAGGACACGUCCAUGGCAGAGGACACAGAGCCUGCCAAAGCAGAACAACCGGAAGCCGGGAAGCCUGAAUCAGGCGACGCAGCGCUGCCAGUAUCAGACAACCCGCUGGACGCGCCGGACGCGCCUGCGCCUGAGAACGCUGAAGAGGCUGGGGAGGACGAGGAGAUGGGCGACACCAAAGACGCGGCUGCUGCGCCCGAGGCAACUCCUGCGCCCGCACAGACGAAGGCCGUGACCGAGCAGUCUGCGCGAUCACAUUUGAUCGACCAGAACCACGCCAUUAUCCUGCCCUCGUACAGCGCGUGGUUUGACAUGCAUGAGAUUCACAAUCUGGAGCGCAAAGCGCUGCCAGAAUUCUUCAACAACCGUAAUCGUAGCAAGACCCCGGCCGUGUACAAGGACUAUCGCGACUUCAUGGUCAAUACGUAUCGUCUCAAUCCGUCCGAGUACCUAACUGUCACAGCUUGCAGAAGGAACUUGGCUGGGGACGUUUGCGCCAUCAUGCGAGUUCAUUCCUUCUUGGAACAAUGGGGACUUAUCAAUUACCAGAUUGAUCCGGAUACGCGACCAUCGAACAUUGGCCCACCAUUCACAGGGCACUUCCGCAUAACAGCGGAUACUCCUCGGGGUCUGCAGCCUCUCCAGCCUGCCGCUAACACUGUCACGGCUGGCAAAGCUCACGCCAGUACCGACAGGCUCGCAACAGCAGGCAAAGCCGAUCUCAACCUGGAAGUGCGGAGAAAUAUAUACGAUGACAAGGGCAAGGACGUUACUCCUGCUAAGACUGAGGGGAGCGAAGCCAACGGCGAGAAGAGCAUUGAGGAGGGCUUGAAACAGGAUGGCAAGCAGUAUUUCUGCUACUCCUGCGGCAAGGAUUGCACACGAGUGCGAUACCACAACUCCAAGAACCCACCUGCUGUAGCCACCACGCCGAAACCCAACAAAGAUCAACGGUACGACCUAUGCAGCUUGUGCUUCCAGGAGGGACGCUUCCCCAGCUCGACCACAUCCGCCGAUUACACAAAACUUGAGAACGAGAGCUAUCGAAGUAUAGGCGACAAAGAAGCGCCAUGGAAAGAUUCCGAGCUUCUACUCCUUUUGGAAGGACUGGAGAUGUUUGAUGACAGCUGGGAGCAGGUUGCAGAUCAUGUGGGCUCAAGGACAAGGGAGGAGUGCGUGCUCAAGUUUUUGCAGCUCGAGAUUGAGGACAAGUAUCUCGAAGAUGGGCCAGCAUCAAAUGGCGUGGGCAUGCAGGAUCUGGCAUACCUAUCCGGUGGUCGACUUCCUUUCAGUCAAUUUGACAAUCCCGUGAUGUCUGUCAUGGGCUUCUUAGCGGGGCUGGCUGAUCCUGCGACAACUGCGAAGGCAGCAGGCAAAAGCGUCGAAGAGAUGCGAAGACAGCUGAAGCAACGGCUCGAUGCAGAGACGCACUCGACAAGUGGUGCAGAAAAGGACAAGCCAGUGGAAAGCGCGACCCAAGCUGAAAGUGUGAAGGGCGAGGACAGCAUGGAUGUUGACGAUACCACAUCUCUUGCCACUCGCGAACCUCCCAGCUCACACGACUUGCCCACGACUGCGCUGAGUCUGACUGCUGCGCGAUCAGCAGCCCUUGCUUCGCACACGGAGCGGCAACUGACCAACCAGGUCUCUGCCGCCGUGAAUCUGCAAUUGCAAAAGCUAGAGCUCAAACUGCAACAGUUUAGCGAAAUGGAGUCUCUUCUGCAAGCUGAACGUCGCGAAAUCGAGCGUUCUCGUCAGAAGCUGUUCCUCGACAGACUCCAAUUCCGGAAACGCGUACGAGAGACAGAGGCCAGGUUCGCUAGUAUGAAGUUGCAGCAGCCUCAGGUGAGCGCAGAGCGGGCCCAGCAGCAAAACGCCAACCCCGAACAGCAGGAGCAAACUCAGCCUGCCGAAGCUUCUGGCUCGGGCGCUGUCAGCGAAUCUGCUCAGCCAUCAGAACCAACAUCGCUAUUUGGUCAAGAUGCUGGAGGCCUAGGCGGUACGACCGAGUCCAAUGAGUUUGAGAACAACUUUGAGGCCAUGGAGGGGAUGGAAGGCAUGGAUGACUUUUUGAACAUGGAUGAUGUCGAGCCUACGCCUGAAGUCAGUGCUGUGCCCCAGAGUGAGGCCGAAGUACCGAGUACUUUUGAGCCGGUCGCAGAGGAGGCUGAAGGUUUCAUGAAGCAUGAUUUGUGAGAACAGGAAAUGAUGCAAGAUAAAGAUGGAUCGAAUCAUUCAUUCGUGUGGCCUGCUUGACAUGAACUAAUAGUGUAUGUAUUGCAGUGCAGUGCACAAGAGAAGAAAAAAAAACCCUUUCGAAAGCACACCUGCCUUGUACUUGGAAGUAUUGUAACAACGCAAACAAUUUUUGACGCU